CACGUUUUGGCCCAGACCUGUCUGUCGCAUGCAUUUUUAACGUUGUCACCUACGUGUCUUAGAAUGCUUUCCUUAGUGCAGUUAAUUAAUCAAUCCAUACAUCGUUGACUGCCUCCAAGUUAACAAGGAGCUCUGACAUGUCAGUUCUGAAUAGUGUGUGAGUUCUUCUCCAAUCUACUAGACUUGUUAUUCAAACAUAAAUAAGGAUAGCCUCGUGCACAGUGUUUAAUAAUAGACUCGAGAAUAAUAGACUGUAUCAGACUUUUACUGUUUACUCUGUGAUCAUUUGAUUUGAUUAGGGCUUAACUGACCAGGAGACAAAAAAUAAUUUCAAUUAGGCAGUGUGCAGCUGGCAUGACCCGGAGGUAUGUCAUACCGAGUUAUUGAUCACUUGAUCACAGUAUAUAACGUGUGUGUGUGUGUGUGUGUGUGUGUGUGUGUGUGCGUUUGCAUUCAGGGUAUCUUAGAGCGACUAAAUGCUGGGGAGGUGGUUGUAGGUGAUGGAGGUUAUGUGAUGCAGCUAGAGCGACGUGGCUAUGUGAAGGCUGGACACUGGACACCUGAGGCAGCUGUUGAACAUCCUGAAGCAGUGCGGCAGCUGCACAGGGAGUUCCUGAGAGCAGGAGCCAAUGUGCUUCAGACAUUCACCUUCUACUGCAGUGAGGAUAAACUGGAGAUCAGCGGCAAUGUCACCAACAUUACCGGGGCUCAGAUCAAUGAGGCAGCUUGUGACCUGGCCAGGAAGGUAGCCAAUGAGGGUGAUGCAUUGGUCGCUGGGUGUGUGUCCAAGACUCCCUGUUAUGUGAAGAGCCACAGUGAGACUGAAGUCAAGGCCAUCUUUAAGAAACAGAUGGACGACUUCCUCAAGAAGGACAUUGAUUUCUUUAUAGUGGAGUUUGUUGAUCAUGUGGAAGAGGCAGUGUGGGCAGUGGAGGUGCUGAAGACCAGCGGUAAACCAGUGGGUGCAACACUGUGCAUCUCCCCUCAAGGAGACAUGCAAGGAGUCCCACCUGGAGAGUGUGCUGUCAGACUGGUCAAAGCCGGAGCUGACAUUGUUGGAGUAAAUUGCCAUUUGGAUCCUCUGACGUGUGUUCGUACCGUGAAGUUGAUGAAAGCAGGAUUAGAGAACGCGGGUCUCAAAGCUCAUCUCAUGGUCCAGCCACUGGGCUUUCACACACCUGAGUGCAACUUCGGUGGAUACACCAGCCUACCUGAGUACCCCUUCGCAUUGGAGACCAGAGCAAUGACCCGCUGGGACAUCCAUCAAUAUGCCAGAGAGGCUUACAAUGCUGGAAUUCGCUACAUUGGUGGCUGCUGUGGAUUUGAGCCCUACCAUAUCAGAGCUAUAGCAGAAGAGAUGGCUGCAGAGACAGGAGUCCUCCCACCAGCUUCAGAGAAGCAUGGACUCUGGGGAGCUGCCCUGGAGAUGCACACUAAACCCUGGGUCAGAGCCAGGUCUCGUCGGGAAUACUGGGAAAAGCUUUUACCUGCUUCUGGACGUCCCAAAUGCCCUUCCAUGGCCACACCAGCUGAUGAAUAAUAAGGCUCAUCAAUAGCAGGAAUAAAAUACAUUUUACCACAAGCCUGUUUCUCUAUUGCAAUAUUCUGUGUAGUAAAAUCGGACUAUGCUGUAUUCCAUAUGACUGACCAGAUUAAAAAAAUCUCAUAACUGUGAA